GGUGGUCGUUAUGCAUAUGAGCUGGUUGAUGGCUAUUUGAGAUAUGUGACGUUGUGGAUUAUACUCUUCUUCGAAAUGCUGGCAGUUGGCUGGUUCUAUUGUGCACAUCGUCUUGGUAAUGAUUUGCAUACGAUGCUGCGACGAACAUGUUGUUGGUGUAUCGGACAUUUCAUUCUCUAUUUCAUAUACCUUCUGCCAGCUAUCCCUGUGGCAGUAGUCGCACUGAAUUUGGCCAAUUAUGAUUAUUCAAUCUACUCUUCUGGAAUCCACGAGUGGAAGUAUUCGGAAGUGCUUGGAUGGACAAUAGCACUGGUACCAUUGAUACCAAUUCCGUUGUUUAUGCAGUUUCGGAUUUGCAGGACAUGUAUGAAAGGACCUGGAGUGACGAAGUGGCAGAAGCUGAAAAACGCAAUAUCGUCUCCUUUGCCCUAUGAAGUUAUAAAGACAUCGUCAUCAUCAGCUAUGCGGAGAUAUUCGAGCGAUACACCCGGUUACGUUCUUCUUCCGCAAGCUCCGCUCGCUGAACCAGAAGUUUUCAAUGAGAACCGAUCAUAA